CGCAAAUAAUUUUCUGCAAGACUGGAGGAAUUAAGCAAUGUCCAGAGGUUUCUAGGACAUUUUUCGAGCACAAAGGUCACGCCACUUGAGGUCACGUUUUGACGCGUUUCGUGAUUUGGCGACACUCGAAAAGAAAACGCCGUCAUCAAUUUCAAUCUCAACUUCGCAAAACCAACGAUCAACAACAACAGUCAAGAUGCCUUUAGGCUGGGAGCGAAUCAAUUCUCGGACGUCUCAACCAAAUAAGAACAUCGUUUUUAUCAAGCCUCUGCCUGGCCCAGACUUCAACACUGCGAAGGACUUUCUAGAAAGAAUCGCAGCGCAAUGUCUGCCUAUCAUGAACAAGCAUCAUCUUGCGGUCGUAUCACUCGAAGAAUAUGAGCCAAAUCUUGAGUUCGCAGGUCGCAACUUCAACAAUGGUGAAGUAAUUCAAUUAGUCCUCAAAUCGCCCUACACCGGUCGCUGGAUCCCAUUCCGUCAAGUCCAACUUGUUAUGAUGCACGAGCUGGCGCAUAAUAAGCAAAUGAACCACUCGAAGGCUUUCUGGGCAGUACGUAACGAAUUUGCGACCGACUUGAAGGGUUUAUGGGACAAAGGCUACACCGGGGACGGACUUUGGGGAAAAGGCGUGCUAUUAGAGAAUGGGGCCUUUACGCAGGAAGAACUCGAUACUGAUGUCAUUCUCCCUGUAUGUGGUGGGACAUUCAGGUCCAAGGCCAGAAAGAGGAACGCCAAACCUAAGAUCACGUACAAGGAGAAGCAGGAGCGGCGUAUUCGGAAGAAAUUUGGUACCAACGGGGUUGCCCUCGGAGCAGAUGACGAAACGAAGACAAAGCUGGAGAAGGGCAAACGCGUUGCUGGGAAGCCGAGAGUAGCAGGAAGUGCGAGAGGCAGAGAACUUCGUGCCGCUGCUGCUUUGGCAAGAUUCGAAGUCAAGAAAGAGGAAUCGCAAAUGUCCGACAAUGAUCUGGUGACCGAUAGCGAAGCAGAGAGCGAUAACGAUGAACCAAGAAUCAAGGCUGAGCCAGACGACGCGAUCGAUAUAAAUGGCUUGCGGCUGCUAGAUAGAAAAGGUGGAGGCAUGGUUAAGGUCUGUGGAGACGAGGACAAUGAUGACGAUGAUGUGAAAAGAGAACUAUUGGAACUUCAGGGAGUUCCCAAGCGUACUGGACAACGGACUCAGCUCUCCAAGGAUACAACGUACGAAAAAAUCAACAGAAACUCGACAGAAUCUUCUCUAGUCUCACCGGACAUUGAGGUGCAACGACAAGAGAGAAAAUCAACCACGGAUUCCCUCACUGAGAAUCUGCCUGCAAAACAAGUACCCGAGAAGGGUUCUAAACCAACAUCCAACAAUCCAACAUCCGUAUCUAUUGGACCAUCGCCCAAAAUCGAAAGACAACGAGGCUCUACGACUACUAGUAGUGAAGCUUGUCCGGUCUGUUCUGUCGAAAACGAACCAACAGCGUUGACCUGCAUGGUCUGCUUGAACGUUUUGAGACCAGAAUUUGUGCCCAACAGUUGGAAAUGUAGUAGCUCAGGAUGUAAAGGUGGGAUUUAUUUGAAUUCAGGAGAUGUUGUCAUGUGUGGUGUCUGCGGAAUUCGAAAGAGUUGAUGUGGUUGGCUGUGCUUACGACGGGUAUACCCAGGUGUUUUGGCGUUACUAGUUAUUUGCAUUGUAGCGAGAGAUAUAACUUUUCUCCCUAAUGAAAACCAAUGGUAUGAGAUUUGAUUUCAAAAGUACCUUGUAGAAC